GCGCCUCCUGCGAACUGCCGGCGCGCUCCGGGCGUCGCAACGGCGUUUGCUUGGACGAGGUGGCACUGGUGCAAAGUCAAUUGACCUUUUGCCGAGACGUGGUGCAGUAUCGCGCCUGCAUCCCGGCGCAUCAACCGCUCUGGCCGGAUUGGAACGCCACCAAAAAGGAUGCCAUGCUCGCGCGACUCUUCAAGGGGGUCGUAGAGAAGCGCUUGGCGAAGGAGUUGAACGUCACACCCAAAGAGUUUGUGUCGAUUCACCUUUUGUCGCGACCCUACAAGUUUCACACGGAAGCACCACAUGCAGUGAACGAUGUCCUGCAGAUGGAUGAUCAAUGUGACAGUGGCGAUUGCAGCUUAGAACUCAUCCACUUGCGGGGGCAGCGACAGGAUCAUGCCAUCAGGUUGAUCAAUCAUCAGAUUGAAGACAACAAGAAGUACGAGGUUGCGGUUGCCGACGACAGUGCAGCAACUUGCAGCCCAGAGGGUGGAGCUCAGAUCACUUGUGCGGAGACCCACAAGUGCUGCACAUCCAAACGUUCCUACUUGGCAGGCACAGCACAUGAGAGUCAGCCGCGUUUGGCCCUCUAUGCAAUUUGCUGCCCUUUGGACACGCAUUGCAAAUUUGACACCAUCUUCGUCUCAUGCGCACCCGGCGCCGGACCAGAUGACUACUCUGGAGUGAUUGCGGGCUUGCAGUACAACCAGAAUGAAAAGGCUGAGAUGAACCAGGAUGCUGCUGCGUUGAUCAAUCAUCAGAUUGAAGACAACAAGAAGUACGAGGUUGCGGUUGCCGACGACAGUGCAGCAACUUGCAGCCCAGAGGGUGGAGCUCAGAUCACUUGUGCGGAGACCCAAAAGUGCUGCACAUCCAAACGUUCCUACUUGGCAGGCACAGCACAUGAGAGUCAGCCGCGUUUGGCCCUCUAUGCAAUUUGCUGCCCUUUGGACACGCAUUGCAAAUUUGACACCAUCUUCGUCUCAUGCGCACCCGGCGCCGGACCAGAUGACUACUCUGGAGUGAUUGCGGGCUUGCAGUACAACCAGAAUGAAAAGGCUGAGAUGAACCAGGAUGCUGUUGCGUUGAUCAAUCAUCAGAUUGAAGACAACAAGAAGUACGAGGUUGCGGUUGCCGACGACAGUGCAGCAACUUGCAGCCCAGAGGGUGGAGCUCAGAUCACUUGUGCGGAGACCCACAAGUGCUGCACAUCCAAACGUUCCUACUUGGCAGGCACAGCACAUGAGAGUCAGCCGCGUUUGGCCCUCUAUGCAAUUUGCUGCCCUUUGGACACGCAUUGCAAAUUUGACACCAUCUUCGUCUCAUGCGCACCCGGCGCCGGACCAGAUGACUACUCUGGAGUGAUUGCGGGCUUGCAGUACAACCAGAAUGAAAAGGCUGAGAUGAACCAGGAUGCUGUUGCGUUGAUCAAUCAUCAGAUUGAAGACAACAAGAAGUACGAGGUUGCGGUUGCCGACGACAGUGCAGCAACUUGCAGCCCAGAGGGUGGAGCUCAGAUCACUUGUGCGGAGACCCAAAAGUGCUGCACAUCCAAACGUUCCUACUUGGCAGGCACAGCACAUGAGAGUCAGCCGCGUUUGGCCCUCUAUGCAAUUUGCUGCCCUUUGGACACGCAUUGCAAAUUUGACACCAUCUUCGUGUCAUGCGCACCCGGCGCCGGACCAGAUGACUACUCUGGAGUGAUUGCGGGCUUGCAGUACAACCAGAAUGAAAAGGCUGAGAUGAACCAGGAUGCUGUUGCGUUGAUCAAUCAUCAGAUUGAAGACAACAAGAAGUACGAGGUUGCGGUUGCCGACGACAGUGCAGCAACUUGCAGCCCAGAGGGUGGAGCUCAGAUCACUUGUGCGGAGACCCACAAGUGCUGCACAUCCAAACGUUCCUACUUGGCAGGCACAGCACAUGAGAGUCAGCCGCGUUUGGCCCUCUAUGCAAUUUGCUGCCCUUUGGACACGCAUUGCAAAUUUGACACCAUCUUCGUCUCAUGCGCACCCGGCGCCGGACCAGAUGACUACUCUGGAGUGAUUGCGGGCUUGCAGUACAACCAGAAUGAAAAGGCUGAGAUGAACCAGGAUGCUGUUGCGUUGCUUCGCCUGAACGGAGGCCGCCCCAGCCCGUGGGCUUGUGGUCUGCGGACCGGCGCGGGGUGGCCUUCAAUGCCGGGGCUUUGGGUCCAUCUGAAGGACAAUCCGGACUUUUUCCAGGACUUCAACCCGGGAACGGGGAAGUACUUCGAGUGCACCCUUUACGAUGAAGGGCACCGAGAACAAGGCAAGGGUGUCUGGCGCGUUAGCGGCCCGGAACCGAGGAGGAAGGACGGCAUCUGGGCAGCCGCAAAGCUCAUUGCUGUCAGCGACGAUCACCUUUACUGGUGGCUGACCAAGGGCGGUGGCAGGGAUGCGUCCCGGAAAUUCUGGCUUCAUUUUUGUGUGUCCGACGAGGCAAGUUGCAGCAAGACCAAGAAGAAGCCGAAGGUAGAAUUCCACACCGACUACUUCCGUACCUUGGACGCCGGUGAUCUGGUGAACCUCCGUGUUCCGUGGUUCAAGGUGGCACCUGCCAAAGACGACAUCGCUGACGAGGUGACAAAACUGACAGGUGGAGCCCUGCGGGGUGGUAAAAAGAAGCCUGCAAAGCCAGGGCAGGCAGGCCGUGGUGAUUUGGACUGGAGCUUGUCGGACCAAGAGUCUCUCCCUGACUUGGCGGCUGGCGAAGAUGAGGAUGUCCGUCACCGAUUGGCGGAUCUCAAGCGCCAGACUGCUGGGGAGCCUGCCAGGCGCAAAGAUGAACCAGCUGGCAAGCGCAAACGUAGAAGGCGUGAUAGAUCUCGCAGCAAGCAAAAGCAACGCAGCCGUGACCGCAAGCGAAGCAGGUCGCCUGACAAGGCCAAGCAUCAACCCCUUUGGUUUGGAAAGAGGGUGAGUGUGAGUCCCUGCGGGGAGGAAUCAUCAGGAAGUGACCGUGGACAGUCAUACCGCGGUGACGAGAAGAAACGGGUGAGGUCACGAUCACCCAGUCGUGAAAAGAAAAAGAAAAAGAAAACCAAAAAGGACAACCAGGUUGAUCGUGGUCCCUAUGGUGUUGGACAGCGUGUCCGGUAUGAUGGAAAGAGCAGUGGUGACCCAUCAUCUGAGGAUGAGACUGGGCAGCAAGAUGAGCAAGUUUUUCGCGCGGGGCCCUCCACCACGUCCAAGCAUCUUCAGCUUCAGGAGUACGCAGAGAAAACACCGGGACGCCUCACAGCCCGUCUCCUGCGGAAGAUGAGGGACAUUCUAGCCCGAGAGGAGGGCCCCAUGAACCGGGGCACAGCGACAAAUCUGACGCCGUCGGCAGCCAGCUCUUACUUCCUCACGGUCCUCCUGCCGCAGUACAAGGACCGCUUGACGUUGAGGACAAGCAGGGAGCUGCGGACGACGGCCAAGGCACUGGAUCUCCUGGCGCAAGGCCGAUCAGAUCGAGCGGGAGACGUGCUAGCACAGAGAUACAAGGCACUGGAACUCUUUCUGGCCGACCAGACAUGGUCGAGAGCUCAGUUCUUGGAGUUGAUUCCGCCCGAGGGCGCGUCACUCGUCGAAAAAGACGAAAUGCUGAUGGCAUCAAAGGAGCAGACGGUAGAGCAGAAGAUGCGGGCGACCAUCGGCACUCCGCAGUGGAGAGCUCCCCACAAGGGGGACGGAAAAGGAGUCGGAGAAACCCCCAGUCGCAUGACGGCUAGCCCUGCCCUCUUAAGGGUCAAAAGUCUGGCUGCGGCCAAGGCAACUGUCAAGAGGCCCAAGAGCCCAGUUGCAAAGCCUCGUGCUCAUAAGCACCCGCCCGCGGGCGAGCUUGAACACUUGGACAAGGUCUCCCCGGAAGUACCCUCGGAGCUCUCUGAUGACGCUGAGGGAUGCCCUCCGAAUCUGCUCAAGCUGAAUCUCAGGUUGGCCGAAAAUCUUAGUGACUGGUCGGGUUACGUCAGGGACCUUUUUAAGGUCCGGGCCACCUUCACCGAUUUGGGAAGGCACCUGCUGGAGCUGUUGUCAACCAUGCCUACCCCCUUGGGCAAUUUCGUCCGUUCAUAUUGUUUGACCGCGCAACCCUCCACCGCGGGGGAAGGCUCAAAGGCCGAUGGGCAUGGUGAUCUCCUCCCUAUACCGAUGUGGCGGAUCACAACCAAGAUCGAAGGUGUCACCGACAACAACAUCGAUUGGGUGAAGGCUAUGGUGGCUGUGAUUGACUUCCAGUAUUGCACUGGCUGGGCAAAACCGAUCUGUGUGCCGGUGCCAGACGCGUUGUCGUUGUGUCAGAAGGCGGCAAUCACAGAGUUAGCUGGCGUGGUUGAUUCCAACAUCUUGUCGGCUGACACACUGUUGCCCUUUGCGGACUGUGAUCGCCUCCUCUCCUCAAAGAAGUAUGACUAUGCCGGGCGACCCGUGGAAUACAUGGAGGACCUGGUGUGCGACAAAGUGGUCAUGGCAUGGCCAAGGAGGGGUCAGGCCGGCGUGCAGUCUAUUGAAGCUUUUCUGACCCCUGAGACCCUUGCAGCGUUUCAAGACCCCCACAAGCUGCUCCUCCCGCGGGAGAGAAUGCCUUCAAAUGCUCCACGCUCACGGGUCAGAGCCAGUGACGCUGAAUGGUUCAAGAUCGUUCAAGCUGCAUGGGAGCGUGGCAUGAUGCGGCCAGUCAAUGAUGCAGAUGUCCCGCGGGACAGGUCUGGGCACCUCAUUACAAAUGGUGCUGGGGCUGUCUUCAAGGAAAAGAUGGUGGACGGCAAGGCGAUUGCCGCGCAGCGGUUUAUCUCAAUCCUUUGCCCGAUCAAUGCAGUGACGACCCCACUGGUGGGGGCACAGGAUACGUUGCCCUACAUUGGGCAAAUCACUGGGCUCAUGCUGGAAGAAGAUGAAGCCCUGUACCUUGAGAGUGAAGACCUGCAGUCGGCGUUCAACCUGUUCUCUGUCCCGGACAGAUGGCUGCCCUUUUUCAGUUAUAGCAAGAAGGUGGACGGGGCAGCGAUGGGCCUCCCUGCGGGCACUAUGGUCAGGCCAGCCUUGAGCGUGAUCCCAAUGGGCUGGCAUUCCGCAGUGGGACUGGUUCAAGAAGCGGUGCGUGAUGUGGUUUUCCGGCGCGCCGGGGUACCUCGAACCAUCUCCACAGAAAAGCACCGACCACUGCCUGAGGGCAAGAGUUUUGCGGUGGUCUACCUGGACAAUUUUGAUGAGAUUGAGAUCAUCAAGAAGGUUGACCUGGAAAUUCACAAGGAAGGCACAGACAUGUCCGAUUACCACCAGCGCUUCAAUGCGGCAUGCGACGAGGCGGGAUUGCCCCGCAACGAGAGCAAGCAGCUGAUCCAUGCUUUUGCAGGCGGAAUGCAAGGUGGUGAAUUUGACGGCAUGAGAGGCGUCUUAAAGUUGGGUUCGGACAAGCUGCGCAACUACAUCCAGCUCAGCCUCGCUCUCUUGGCCCGCCGAUCGCAUGGAAUGAAUUUCAGCUGCGGCACUGGACAGGGAAAACGGCCUUCCUGGCGACGUUCAAGCGGUCGCUUUUCUCAGGCAUGGGCAACAUUUUCAACCUGA